AGAGUUGAGCUGUGUUUGACGCGGUAGUUCGUGAACGGUGUGUUUUCGCCGGCUUGGAUAUUUUUACGUUCGUUCGCGUGUUGUUUUUAUUUUUUUUCGAAUUAUUUUUUUUUUACUUUUUUAAAAAUGUUGUAUGUAUUUUAAUAUGAUUUAAAAAUAAUGGAAAAUAAUAAUUUACAAAUCACUUGGUGAGGUGAAAUGAUGUUUCAAUUUUUUUCGUCGUUUAUUUUCAAUUGAAAAUAAUUUUCGAGUGGUGAUAUUUUUUCAUUUUUAGUUACUUAUACUUAAUUUGAGUGAAUUUUUUUCAUAUUUUAUUAGAAUUUAAGAGUGCAUUUACCAUGAUCAAGAGUGUGGUGCUGCUUUUGGUGAUCUUUACUACCGAAUCGCUGUGUUAUGGACGAGAUCAAUCACGUCCGCCACGAAUCACAGAACACCCUCGAAACGUCAUCGUACCAAAGGACGAGGCUUUGACGCUGCACUGCAAAGCCGAAGGCUUCCCGGAACCGGCAAUCGAAUGGUACAAAGACGGCGAACCUCUAAUACUGGACAGCAAAUCACACCCCGUCCUGUUGGCAACCGGUUCGUUGUUCUUCUUACACGUCAUCCACACGAAAAACAAACAAGACGACGGAGUUUAUUGGUGCGUGGCGAAAAACGCAGCCGGAACAGCCAUCAGUCAAAACGCUACCUUACAAGUCGCAGUUUUACGAGAUGACUUCAAAGCUCAACCGAAAAAUACGCAAACGGCCAUCGGUGGAACGACGAUAUUAGAAUGCGGUGCGCCAAAAGGUCAACCGGAACCUGUGAUAUUUUGGAAAAAAGACAACGAUGUUCUUAAUAUCGAUAAUACAAGAAGGAUUCGAAUUCUGGAAAAUGGCAAUUUAAUGAUAAACGACGUAAAACAAUCGGAUAUCGGGAAAUACCAAUGUUUCGCCCAGAACACGGCCGGAAUACGAGAAAGUCGUGUGGCUUUAUUAACAGUACACGUUCUGCCUCGUUUCAUUACCGAGCCACGAGAUGUGACCGUUCUAUCUGGUCAAGAUGUUAGAUUCGAUUGCGAAGUCGAAGGUAAUCAGAAUAUUCGUAUUGUUUGGAAGAAAGAGCACAGGGAAGUGUUGCCGACGGCUCCUCGAAUAUCGUUCAAUCAUCGUACUUUGGUGAUUAACAAUGUGACCGAUAGUGACGAAGGACUGUAUACCUGUGUGGCUCAAAAUGUUGCCGGAGAAGUUACUGCCAAGGCUUCGUUGACCGUUCAUACGCCUCCAUUCUUCGUGAAAAUCCCCACCGAUCAACGCAUAGGUCUCAAUGGAAUAGCAACAUUCACUUGCGUAACCAAAGGAAACCCUCCACCGUCGGUUUUCUGGACGAAAGAAGGCUCGCAAAUGUUGAUGUUUGCCGGGAACACUUACGGACACUUUCACGUUCUCGCAGAUGGCACGUUACGAAUCCAAGGAGCUCAAAGAGAAGAUACAGGGUUUCUAAUUUGUUCGGCUUUAUCGGUAGCAGGAUCGACGAGCGUCCGAGCAUAUCUUCAGGUAACUUCAGUAAUCGACAUACCUCCACCUAUAAUCGAGAUGGGCCCAACGAACCAAACAUUGGCAUUAUAUUCGGAUGCCAAACUAUACUGUCGAGCCAACGGAACCCCUACUCCGAUAAUUAAAUGGUUCAAGAACGGAAAUCCACUCGAUACGAACCACGAUCCCAGAAUCCGAACAAUUCUCGAAGGAACUCUUUCCAUCAAAGCUUUGCAAUUCUCCGAUAGCGGGCUUUACACGUGCGCAGCUUCGUCAGAAAGUGGAGAAACCACAUGGUCGGCAUCUUUAACCGUUGAUCAAUCAACCGACGACGUACAUUUGCAUAAAUCACCGGAUCCGUCUAAACUGCCUCAUCCUCCUUUAAAACCUUACGCGAUCAAUGUUACGAAUUCAUCUGUGACGUUAUCCUGGUCAUCUGAUUCGUAUUCCGAUUCGAUUGGAUAUACGGUCGAGUGUUUCAGUUCAUCUUUACAAACAGGCUGGAUGAUCGUAGCUCAUCGUAUUUUAAAUAAUACAGCAACGAUAAGUAACCUGAAACCGGACUCUCCUUAUAUAUUCAUUAUACGAGCCGAGAACGCGUACGGUGUGAGCGGAGCCAGCGAGAUGUCGGAUGUAAUUCACACUUUGGGCGAAAAAUCCAUCAUUCCGGAUCAUAUUUUAGCCGAAGCUCGUUUAAGAUUGAAUGGCAAAGUGAUCGCGUUGAAAGAGCUGCACGCUGUAACGUCCACAUCUAUUAGAGUCACUUGGGAGAUAAUCUCGAACGAAGAAUGGAUCGAAGGUUUAUAUGUAAGAUUCCGCGACCAAUCCGGCGGCUCGCAAACAUACAGCAUCUGGACAGUACUCAAAGGCCAACUGAAACAAGGCUCGUGUUUAGUUCGUAAUCUACGUAAAUUCACCAAAUACGAUUUCUUCCUCGUACCUUUUUAUAAAUCAGUCGACGGCCAGCCCUCGAAUUCCAUGGCUAUUCAAACUUUGCACGAUGUACCUUCGGCACCGCCGGAAAAUAUCCAAAUUGAAACGUUAAACGAGACUACGGCUUUUGUGAAAUGGUCUCCUCCGCCGCCUCAGCAUUUCAACGGUCAUUUACUCGGAUACAAGAUAAAAGUUACCAGCUAUAACGACAGCAAAGUGUUAGUUCAAGAAACACUGAACGCGUCUACCACGUCGAUUAUACUUCAUAAUUUGACAUUCGGUGCGAGUUACGUGACUAGAAUCGUUGCCUAUACCGGUGCCGGCGAUGGGCCUUAUAGUAACGGCGUUCACCUCUAUAUAAAUCCCGAUAACGCCGUCAAAACCUACAUCAAUCAAAAGAACAGGGAAUACGCGUUAAUAAUUUUAGCAUUUUUUGUCGUCUGCGCUAUAUUUUGCGGAAUUUCUAUACCGAUUUAUUACAAAAAGAGGCAUAAAACUGGCAAAAAGUUGGAUAGUUUCGAUGGUAAACAAACGUUAUGGAUUGAUCACGGUUGGCAGAAUAUCGAAAAAUCUAAAUCACUGGGAAUAAACGAACACGAUUACGCUGAAGUAGAUCAUAAAAACUUCUCGACUUUCGGUAAUCCGCAGAAUAAGGAAAUAAAUCACUCGAAUUAUUCGAAUCCGACUCCUUACGCUACCACGUCCAUUAUCAAAAAUCCAGAAUACAUUGUUAGCGAGUCGAGCAACUGUGUUGAGACGAAUAGUUCGUUCAUGACGAAAACCAGUAACAGCGAUUCGCAUUCUGAAAAAACAGAUAUUUUUCAACCUACUUUGUUCAUAGAACAAAUCAAUACUUACAAUGGCAACCAAUGCUCAGCAUAUAAGAAUUCUACCUGUUGCUACGAAGAAUGCAGUAACUGCAGCAAUUCCACCGGAAAUGAAACCGAUUACCGUUCGUUGGAUUCGCACAACGUAUUAGUUCCUCAGAAUAAUCGUUAUAUGAAAUACAACGAUCAACGUAUCAGUGGAGUAUACGUUGACAAUCGAGAGAUUACGCCAUCAAAUGGUCCUUCAGUUCCUCAGUCGAUGAGAAUCUCCGACGGUUGUGAUUACGAAACUACUAGUUUGUUAUAUAUUCCGACAUAUACGAGAUUAAAAGACGGUCGUAACUCGUACGAAGACAUCAGUGUGAUACAUAAAAACUACAAUACUUCAUCAACCAACACACACUUCACACUUUCACCAACGAUGUAAAAAUUUUCUACUUGUUUUUUGAUACUUUUCUACGUUCGGAGUUCUGUUGUUAAUCGCUUAUUUUUAAAUUUUUGUUAUGUAUAUUCGUGUACUGCCCCAUGAAUGAUCUCAUUCCACGCGUUUUUAAUCGUAAGAACAUAUACUAAAUUUGAGCUGUAGAAAAGCAUAGCGAUCGUACGUUGAGCUUGAGUCGCUUCCACUGAUAGUUCGCACAAUUGCAAAACAGACUACGAAAUUGUUCAUAUUGUAUGAUGUAAAAUAAAAAAGCUGAUGAAAAAUUAAUAAAUAAAAAAGUAAAUGUAUACGAAGUAAAUUUAAACAUAAUAAGCGUACGUUCGUAUGUAAGUAUGUAUUAUUGUUACGUUUCUUUUCUUUUUUUUUUACGUUUGAUAUACCUACAUAAUAAUGUAAUUUCACACACGAAUAAAUUUUGUUAUUAAUUUUA